AUAGUGCUUGUUGACAUCUUGAAGUGGUUAGGUGGUGCGAUGAAUUAUUUGUAUAAGAUUUACUUUUCGAAGAUACUGAUCAAAAAUAUGUUUAACACCCUCCAGAGUUCCAGACAAGUGUUGUGUUUGUUGCUGGAAACUCAUAAUGUGUGGAGAUAAAUUGGAUAUUUAGAAUGCGUGUUUGUGCAGUAGAAAGUUGCAAAAAUUCUUCAAAAAAUGGCAAGCAAUGUUUUGCUUUCCCUAAUGAUGUUAAUCGGUGUAGCAUUUGGCUUAAGAAUAGUCAACUCGAAAGCCAUGGGAAAUGGUCAACUGUAUGUGAAGAUCAUUUUGCGGAAGAUUCGUUUAUCUUCACAAUCACUGGUAAACGAAGACUAAGAAAUACAGCGAAUCCUACUGUAUUCAAAAAGCCUAACCUCUACAUUCCGGAAACAGACGCUGACUUGGUAUUUACAAAAAGUAUACUGAAAAAGAAUGUGCCGCAAGAUUUAAAAAAUAACGAGUCAAGGGCAUUAUCAAUUUUGUCAUUUAAACCUGUUAUUAUACCGAGUACGAGCAAAUGUGUGAAAUUAUUUUUCGAGUCUACUGGAAAAGAAAAUGUUCAACAUUCGAAGGUACCUUCUGCGUGUAGUAUUCAUAAAGAUACAGUGAAAAUUUCAAAAGAAGCUGGUUACAGUGAAAGUAGGAACUCAAAUGAGAAUAUAGAUUUCGCAGAAAAUGUACACACACAAGCUGAGUCAGCGAUCGGUUCAUGUGAUCUACAAAAUAAAGGCCCAUGUGCAGCAGGUGCAUCUGGGUAUGGUACUGAUACAAAUGGAGAUAGAAGCUCAGAUAUUGUUUUGACUAAGAGCAGUGAAAGUAGUACUUCUAAAAAAGAUAUGAUACAUAGCAGUUACACGGAGGAGGUUUUAGUGCAAUCUACUUCGCAGGAAUGUACAGAAAGUUUGAUCUCACAGCCAGCUGUAUGUGAAGGUAGCAGGGAUGGAAAUGUAGAUCUGGGCUCAAAUAUUAUUUUAACAACGAGCAUCGAAAGUAAGGACAUUAUAGAUCCCACUUUUACGCCGGAGUUUUUAGUACGAUCUUCGCACAAAUGUACAGAAGAUGUGACCCCUCAAAGUAAUAGUGUUGAUAUACCGUCAACUAUCGCUGCAAAUGAUAAAGAUUAUGAACAAAUAAUUGCGGAUUUACAACGAAAACUUAAAGACGUGGAGCAACAUGGUAAACAAAUGGAGCACUAUUGCGAACAAAUGCAGCGAGAGAACCGUAAAAAAGACAGAGUUAUAAAAUUAUUGAAAACGCAGCACAAAAAAUACAGCACCGAGUUGCAAAAUAAAGUUAAAAAAUUACAGCAAGAAGUACGUAUAAAUGAUUCACUAUCUGCUCGUCUAUCGUCUUUUGUGAAUGAAGAUCAAGUUCGAAUUCUUACGGGCGAAUCUAAAAAAGUGCAAAAAUGGGAAAAUAACACCAUGUUGAAAGCGUAUAGAUUGAGACUUUCUUGUGGAUUAGCAGGAUAUAAUGAAGUUAAAAAGAGUAUGCCCUUACCAGCUGAACGGACAUUAAAUCGAAGAGUUAAGGGUUUUAAAUUUGAUACCGGUAUAUAGGGUAAUGUACCCAAUUGUUGGCAGGUGAAGGUAAACUUCAGGCUUUAAGGGCAUGUGACACAGCUAAAUACCUAUAUUACCGACGACAGUUUUUCAGUUCACUGAAUGUUUUUUUGAACCUAAGAACUUUUUUUGUAAAUAAAA